UGCUACUAGCUGUACAGUUGUCUUUCAGUUUAUAUCAGAGAGCCCAAUGGAGUCUUCUGAAGGACCUAGUCAGGUUAGCAGGGCUAACUUUUUAGAAGUCCCCGCUGUUAAUGAUUUCUCUUCAGAGGAUGAAGAUGUUAAACCUAGCAUUAAACUUCGUUUCUCUCCACUUCCCCGAAGGAGGAAUUCUGCUUCUUCAGACGAAGAGGAGGCAGAUACCCCCACCACCAUUGCAAGAAAAGUUUCAUUUGCUGAUGCAUUUGGGUUUGAUCUUGUGUCUGUUAAGGAGUUUGAUACCUGGGAAGUUCCAAAUACAGGACAAAAUGAUGAGAUAGAAGAUGAAGUUUUCCCUCAGGAGGAAUAUUAUUUCUCUCAACUGUUUACGUUACCUGCUUCACAAGAAGAACUUUUGCAAAAAGUUCGAGAGCAGAAAGUCCUUUUGGAGUCAGUUGUGUUCCUGCCAGGGAUUACCUGUAUGAACGGCAUUAUACGAGUCCUCAAUGUAUCCUUUGAAAAACUGGUGUAUGUUCGAAUGACACUGAAUAACUGGCUCAGUUAUUACGAUAUCCUUGCAGAGUUCAUGCCUAAUUCUUGUGGUGAUGAAACGGAUCAGUUCUGCUUUAAGAUUUCUUUGGUGCCUCCUUACCAGAAAGAUGGAACUAAGGUGGAGUUCUGCAUACGCUACGAGACAUCGGUUGGUACCUUCUGGGCAAACAAUGACGACAAAAAUUACACCCUGAUUUGUCACAAGAAAGAAGCUGCACCGAAGGUGGAUAAUAAACCACAAAAAGAGGUUACUGAUAGACAUCUUAAAGGAUGCCUAAAGACAUCACAAAGCAGCAAAGAAGAAAUAUUGGCAACAUCUGACAAUGACACAUGGAAUAAUUCAAGGACUUCAGAUGCAAACAUCCCAGAGAUUGUUUAUUCACAAGCAGAAGACAAAGACACCAAACCAGCUAAUGAAAAUAUAAAAGAUAAAAAUGCAGAAUACAACCAGGAUGAUCAUGAAGAUGAUGAAAAAGAAUUAGAGUUGCUGCUAAAUCAGCACUUCACAGGAGCUAGAGGUACCUCUUCCAGAGAUGAAAGGAAUUUAUACACAACAGAACCAGUUAAUUUUCCAAGUGAAGCUGAAAGAUUGGAGAAAAAGCUAACCUGUAUAGAAAGCAGCAGUGACUUACUGAGACACCCUGUGCCCAUCAGCUCCUCAUCUGAAAACACUUCACGAGCGACAGGAGGAGAAUUAAAAGAUAAAGUUAAGUAUUCCCUAAGAGAUUAUGAUACUCAGUCAUCAGGGAAGGAAGUAGCUGCUGGCUUGGUAAACAGCGGUGAGCAGUCGUUGGAUCGUACUGGUACCAGUGAAAGCCCUUUAUCAGCAAAAUAUUUUCCUGGGACAAAACAGAAUGAGGCUAUCAAUACUAUGACUACUGUCUCAAGCCAACAAGGAGAGAGCCAAACAGAUAUGUCAAAAGGUAAAACAGAUAGUGCCUCGGGAAGUAAGAUGAUGGAGAGGUUAUUCAUCAGUGAGGAUGCUGCUGAUGCCUUGAAAGGGGCCUAUGAAACGAGACCAGAAACCAUUUCUCCAGAGCAUGAUGAAUCCAUGCAAUUAAAUGCACGCGUAGCAGGGACGCUGGAUGGCAAUGCUAAUCCAGCUCCAGCACACCAGGUGCCACAAAUGUCUCACCAAACUCUGGAUUCAUUGUUGUCAGACACUGACAAAAAUGAAGGAAAAAUCGAGAUGAUUGAAAGCAAAGAUCGGGUACAUUUCAGAGGAGAUUUAUAUGCUGACACUUUUGCACGUGAUGAUGCCUCUAUAGAUUCUGCAAAAAGCCGAUAUACACAAAAAAAAGGAGUUGGUGAAGUGUCAGCAAAGAACUGUAACACUGAUGCAGGUAAGGAGAAGAAAGUAAUUGAAGUAGCAGACUUAGCACUAAUCGGUGAGGAGGAAGCACCCAAGUCUUUCAAGUCACAGAGAAAACACGCCGCCAAAGCGUUGAACACAACGCCUCUGUCAGCUGAAGACAACAAACAGGCACCCUGGCCCGCACAGGCAGAUCCCCCGGCAUCCCCUCCGUGGGAUGAAAGGAGAGCUGAAGACACUUGGGAACACAGAGGAUUCACAAGGUUAAAAGACAGAGGAAAGUCAGGCAACACAAACGAAGGAAGACUGAUAGGAAAGGAAAGGGAAGCAAACCCCACAGAGCAGAGGUGGCACGAAUGGGGUAGUGAGGUUCGGUGGGAAGCAAGGGGGAGCACAGGGGCUUGGGGUUCAGCUACCACAAAGGAAAAGUCUUCUGUCUCUGAGAAGGGUAUCACAGAGGAAGCGGAGACAGGUACAUCUUAUAUAAUUAAAACAACAUCAGAAAGUGCUCCAGAAAAAAUGUCUGCCAGUGAAAAAGCAGUAAUUGCUAAGCUACCUCAAGAGACUGCACUAAGUGACAGGCCCACAGAGGAAAAGGAAACAGCAUUUGAUACACAUGAAGGGAGAAAUGAUGGUUCACAUUAUGCUCUUUGUCAACUCAACACAGUGGGUGUAUUAUAUGACACCGAAUUUGAAAAGGAAUCAGUUUUAGGUAUUUAUAAUGCACGUGUACAUGAGACACUGAAAGGAGAAACGAUGUCUGUACGCAAUAGCAGGGAAAAACGUGCCAAAGCACAACCAGACAUUGGCAAUAUUCUACCUGGAGGAGAAGCAGUAAAGGCUUCUAGUACAGAAAAGAAAGCAGAUUUGCAGCAAGGUUUAUAUUCAGAAGUAUCUAAAUAUCCGCCAAGCGUCCAGAAGCAUCUAUACGGUGAGGAAGCAGAAGUGCUCUGUAGGGAAGAAAGCCGUGUUGGCACACUUUCCUAUUCACGUGCUGAAGCUGAAACAAAAAUGCCACCUUCUGGUACAAAUGCUGUGCCAGGUUACCAUCAUAAAAGCUCUUCAGUGGCAUCUUCUGAAGGGGCCACUGUGGCAGGAGGUAGGGAGCAUCUGUAUAGACACUUUGAAUUCAAAGUCAUUGACAAGGUUGCUGCUGAGUCAGGGUACAAUUUAAGUGUACCGAAUGAAAUGACAUCUGUUAAUAAAAACAUCUCUCCUGAAGCUUCAGACAUAGAGAUUUCUAGAGAAGGAAGAGGAAGGAAUAUAGGUCAAAGUUUCCAUCAAGCAGAGUUCAAAGAAGAGAAGUCAUCAAGGCCAGAGGUUUCAAUUAGUAAGCCUGCUGAAGAAGCUGGAGGGAGAAGCUCUCAAUCUGACCAUUUAAUAACUGAGCGGAAAACGCUAAACUGGCUUGAUGACUCACAGAAGGAAAGCCAGCACAUUUCCGAUUCUGCAGAUGUUUCUAACCAGAAGAGUGAAGCACUUAAGUUACCUAGUGAGCUUCCAGGCUUAAAACACAUUGCUUGCAAAAUAUUUUAUUUCUUCUUCUUUCUUUCAUUUGCUGCAACACUCUACCACUAUGAUUUGAUGGUUUGUCUUGCACUCUACCUGUUUUCCUUGUAUUGGUUAUACUCCGAAGGAGGAAGAAACAAGGAAUCUGUCAAGAAGGAAUAACAUUGAUUGUCAACUGUGCUCAAGAUCCAUGGUCAAUAGUCUCCAACCCCUCCAAAGCAUUUUCACUGUUAAAGAGCUUAUUCAUUUUUAGAACCAAAGCGAGUUUUCCACUGAAGCAUCUUUUUAAAAGAUUACAUAUGAAGUUGAGUCUUCAUGUAAGUAAUUAUACUAUAUAGGACCAUUAUGUUUGGAUCAUUAAAUACCUAUAUGAAUAUGAAUUCUGAAGCAUGUCAAGUUAAAAUCCAAUACAGCUGUUGCUCCUUAGCAGGAUAUGAAGAAACAAUGCUUCAUAUCUCUUUAGUACUUAAAACCACCAUUUUCUUGCAUUAAUUUCUAUUGCAGUAAAGCUUCAUAUUUCUCUGGGAUUUUUUUUUCUAAGGUUUUGUGUCAUACAUAACACAAGGAACGGUAUAAAAACUAAGUCAGUAUUUUGGUAUUGAUAUUACGUUUGAUAAUCUGCUAGUGUAAUUAACCAAUGCUCUAAGAAGUAUGACAUCUGUUGAUAAGUUAACAUUUUUUUCCAAAUUUUUAUUUCAUUGUUUUGACUUAGAGCUCCAGCUGUACCACUGUUUGAAAAAUGUAAGGCUUUGACUUUGGUAACAUCAUGUAACUUUCAGGAUGUAACUGCAUAGCAGAAUAGAUAUGUUGUUUCUACCCUGAAGAGGUUGAAGGCCACAGCCACAGGCGUCUUACCAUUCACUCACAUGCACAAAUGUUUUUGGUUUUUGUAAAUGAGGACUGUGUAACAUGACUGAUAACUUCACUGGAUUGUUAUUACAGACAAAGCCUUUGAAUUACAUUUUUUCAUCGUGUUGCUUAAGCAUAUCUACAAAGCAUUAAAUAAAUUUUACAAAGGAGUGCCA